AUGCUUUUCGCCAUCGACACUAUCACCAUCGUCAACGCCCCCGUCACCUUCCUCGUUCUUGUUGCCUCCGCCGUCCUCAUCACUCUCGUUGUCCCCCUCGCCGUCAUCAACAACGACCUUGCUCACCCAGACUUCUGCGAUGGCAGAAUCAAGAUCUUCCACCUCGAUGCGCUUUUCCAAUUUUACAACUGCCGAGACAUCAUCAUUUUCGGCGAGCAUUCUAUCCUCCACUUCAUCCAUUACAACUCCAAGCCUGCCGACUACCACCAGUUUGAGCUUUUUGCCCAGCAGCUCAAGUUUCUCGUCCAGUACUUCAGACUCCUCGUCCAGUACCUCAACCUCCUCGUCCAGUACCUCGACCUCCUCAUCAAGGAUAGUCGCCUAGUAACAAAAUUGGCUGCGGCCUUUGCCAUCAACGUGGAAAGGCACCCUGACGCCCACUCUCAAGUGAUGGCCGAGAGUAAGAAGAUGAAGGACAGGCAAUCAAAGGAUCACUAA